ACUGCCACAUGGUCAGUCAUGCAGCGUUAACCAGGUCAUCGUGGACGGGGUCCACGAUUACCCUAAGUCGUGUACCGAUGAUUUGAAAGGCUCGAGAUUGAGUAUCCCGUGGUUAACAUCCCAGUUUCCAGAAUUACCUCUCGAUGCCAACGACAUCAGCGUACGUAGGUAUGCACGAGCAUACAUUAUGCAGCUUAUUGAAGGAUUUUUGUUUGCUGACAAGUUGAACACUCUAGUACAUCUUAUGUUUCUUCUUCUACUGUCUGAUUUCGAGCAUGUUGAUACGUACUCGUGGGGUGGUGCUUGUCUUACAUGGUUUUGUAGAGAAUUUUGUCAGGCUACCAAUGCACAAGCAUUGGGAAUAGCAAGGCCAUUAAUACUACUACAGGUAUGGGCUUAUGAUAGAUUUCAAAUUAUAGCACCACAAGUCCAAUUACAGGCCUCAGGUCAUUGUCCACUUAGUGCCAGAUGGAAUGGUGUAUUAGCUGCCUCUGAACAGUCAGCAGAUAUGUUGCUAGUAUACCAAAAAAUAUUUGACAGACUAUACACAAUCAG